UUGCACAUGUUUUAUUGAAUGGCUGUGUAUAAAAAAAAACCACAACUUCAGAGAGCACGUGAUAAAAGAGGUCAUAUGACUUGUGUCAGCUGACAGUGGGAUUUCUUUUCAGGGGAAGCGCGAGUUAGGAUGUCUGUAAGUAUCCAGCCCAUCGAGUCGACCACUGACUGCAAGGAUCAGAAUUUUGAUGGCAUUAUCGUCAUAGGCCAUACUUUUGACCAGCUCCCUAAUGAGCUCGAGUGUUUAAAAGCGCCCUUGCAGGACUACAGUGCAGUGGACUGUGGUUUGGGGGAAGAAGUUGUGGUCAUCAAGGUUCCUGGUCUCCCUGGAAACCGUUUGGUAUUUGCCUCCACUGGUCCAGUGAACCGGGAUUAUGAUGAUGUCAGGCGGUUCAGCGAUGCUGCCAGUAAUGGCAUUAAAAGGGCAAUAAAAGCUGGCGUUCAGCGCCCCCUGCUGGUGUGUCCUCCACAUAACAGCUAUGCAAGAAACACCCUAGCGGCUGUGCUGGGAGCCCUGCAAGCUCUAUAUGUGCCACUUGAGGUAAGAGAACAGAAGUCAACCCUUCAUAAAGUCUCUACACUGGGCAUCUGGGUGAAGAAUCAGCAGCAGGGAAAAGAAAUCGUGGAGCUGGCCUCUGCCCUGGAGAGCGGGAGAUACGUUUAUCGGGAUAUUGGCGGCUCCGACCCGGAGCGUAUGGCAGCUCCUCGUGUAGCCGAGUAUGUCCAAGCCGUCUUUAAGGACAGUCUUGUAAAAGUGACCGUCUUAAGUGAUUUGAAAACUCUGGAGAAAGAAUAUCCAUGUUUGGCAGCGGUCAACCGAUGUGCUAACACUGUGCCACGUCAUCAGGCCAGAGUCAUCAAACUGCUGUACUCCGGUGAAGGACCCAUUCAACAGACUCUUAUGGUGGUUGGCAAGGGCAUUACGUAUGACACUGGUGGAGCUGACAUCAAAGCUGGUGGCAUCAUGGCUGGGAUGCACAGAGAUAAAUGUGGCUCUGCUGCUGUUGCUGGCUUCUUUCAGAUCUUAGCCAAACUGAAGCCAAAACACCUGAAGGUUGUGGGUGCGAUGGCCAUGGUGCGGAACAGUGUCGGGUCUGAUUGUUAUGUCGCAGAUGAGUUGGUAGUGUCUCGUGCCGGUCGUAGCAUCCGUGUUGGAAACACAGAUGCUGAAGGAAGGAUGGUCAUGGUGGACCUGCUUUGUGAGAUGAAAGAGCAGGCUGUGCGGGAGGUGUCUCCUCAUCUCUUUACCAUUGCCACUCUGACAGGACACGCUAUCAGAGCCAUGGGACCUAACUACUCGAUUAUUAUGGAUAAUGGCCCUGCUCACCGGUCUGAAAAUGCGCGGCAGUGGCAGAAGGCGGGAGAGGUUCUUGGAGACUUGUUUGAGGUGUCCACCAUUCGCCGGGAGGACUACAGGUUUCACAAGGGGAAGUCUGAGUAUGAAGAAAUCCUGCAGGCAAACAAUCUGCCCUCUUCUGCAACACCACGUGGACAUCAGACACCUGCUGCCUUUCUCAUCAUGGCCUCUGGACUGGAUAAGCAUGGAGUGGACUCCGAUAAACCUCUGCCAUAUUCCCAUAUUGACAUUGCUGGAUCCAGCGGUCCAUUCCCUGGUGUGCCAACAGGUGCUCCUAUCCUUGCCAUGGCGACAAAGUACCUACAGCUCUAAAAACAGUGUCUAUCCAAUGAUUUUUUAAUAACCAAUCAGUUAUCUACUCCAUUUCUUGUAUUUUUUCCAGUCUUGUCAAAUACAUUUGACAAAGUGUAUUGAUGUAAGGUAAAUAAAGACAUUUGUGUCUA